UUUACAGUUUUAUAUAAUGUGAAAUUAUUUAAUGAUAGGGACCAGCAGUGAUAAAUGACUGAUGUGUUCAAUAGUAAAUAGGAUUUAAUAUUCAAAAAACUGAUGCUAUACAAUUUUUAAAAGUAUAAACUUAUAAACAUACGAGAAAUACUACAAGACUCUAAAUAUGUGCCUGAUCUCCGACUCAUCAGUGGGAAAACUGAUACCUAGGAACAAUGUUAAUUGGACGGCAAUAGAUGCGAUACCAAUGCACUGACUGAACAAACGGAAAAGGAACAGUACCUUAUACAAUCAGACUUCUUCUUUCUAGUGCUUUAAGUACUGAUUCUUAAUAUAUUCUACUAAAACAAUAACUUUUUAAAAGUUUAAUAAGUUUAUUUUAAAGAUGCCAUUGCUGUACGGUGUGUUCCUGCUACUUUCAUUUACAAUAAACGUGAAUUCAGUAACAGUUGGAAACCUGUGUACUAACACCGUUGGCACUAAAUGUGACUGUACGUAUGAUGGUGCUGGAAGAUUAGAGGUUAACUGCUCCAAAAGGACUUUAGACUUAGUUCCUGCUGGGAUUCAACCUGAUGCAGUGGUUGUAGACUUCAGUGAUAACAUCAUUACAACUAUUGAAUUGAACGACUUUACUGGAUUAAAUCAACUAUCAACAUUAUAUUUACAACGUAAUCUGAUUUCUACUAUAGUACAGGGAGCCUUUGAUAAGUUAUACAAACUCAGUACCAUAAAUCUACAGAAUAACAAACUGACAGUGAUUCAGUCUGGAUCUUUUACUUACCUACCAAAUCUGGUUUCAUUGUAA